CUUGGCCCUCUAUAACACGUAACUCCACAACGUUAUCUUCUCCAAAAACCACCUCAUACUUCAUAAACAACAAAACCCUACUUUGCUCUUUGUCCCAUUACCAUUUCUCUCUCUCCAAUCAGGUGUAAGAUCCAAGGUGGGUGAAACCUCAUUAGGCUUCUCGUCUUUGCGUGAAGGACUGAGCUUUGUUAGGGUUUUUCUUAUAUUGAAGUCGUACGUGGGAGGGUAUACACAUAUAUCCAAAUGGAGAAAGAAGGGAACUACUCGGCCAUCCAAGAUAAUCCCGCUUUCAAUGUCCAACAUUAUCAUCACCAUCAGUUCGUAAAGUCACGAGUCAGCGAAGUCCCGAUACACCAUGAUGACAGCGGAGCUGACAACAAUGGAGUGGUGGACUACAUGCUGAGUCACCCUCCUCAACAAGGCCAUCAACAAUUGGCAUCUCCGCUCGGCUUUUCUGGCUCCGGCUCUCUUGACAAGUUGAGCUUUGCAGAUGUAAUGCAAUUUGCGGACUUUGGACCAAAGUUGGCCCUCAACCAAGCGAUCCACAGCUCUGAGGAUGAAGCCGGGAUCGAUCCAGUUUGCUUUCUCAAGUUUCCAGUUCUGAAUGACAGUACCGAUGAAGGACGAAUCGAAGAUGAGGAUGGAGUUAGGGAGGAUCGAGAAGCUGCUCGGUUUUCCGAUAAUGCUUCUGUGCAAUUGCAUUUUCUAGGGGAUGAUCUGCAAAGCAACAAGGGUUCCGUGGCGGCGGAGGCCAGCAAGAGCAAGAGAAAGCGGCCACGGACUAUCAAAACGAGCCAGGAAGUUGAGAGCCAACGGAUGACUCAUAUCGCUGUCGAGAGAAAUAGGAGAAGGCAAAUGAACGAUCAUCUCCGAGUUCUGAGGUCUCUCAUGCCGGGUUCUUACGUGCAAAGGGGAGAUCAAGCUUCCAUCAUUGGUGGUGCCAUCGAGUUCGUGAGGGAGCUGGAGCAACUCCUCCAGUGCCUCGAGUCGCAGAAGAGGCGGCGGCUCUAUGGGGACGGUGGUGGGCCGCCACCAUCUCUCCCUGUGCAACAGCCACCUCACCAGCCGCCGCAGCCACAGUUCUUUCCCCCCCUGCACGGCCUCCCGAACGACCCGAUCAAGCUCCCGGACUUCGACACCGGGCUCCGUGAGGAGACUGCAGAGAGCAAGUCGUGCAUCGCCGACGUGGAGGUGAAGCUCCUAGGGUUCGAUGCCAUGAUCAAGAUACUGUCAAGAAGGAGGCCGGGGCAGCUCAUCAAGGCCAUUGCGGCCCUAGAGGACCUCCAACUCAAUAUCCUUCACACAAACAUAACCACAAUUGAGCAGACCGUCCUCUAUUCAUUUAACGUUAAGGUUGCGGGUGAAGCGAGGUUUACAGCAGAAGACAUAGCCAGUUCGGUUCAGCAGAUAUUCGGAUUCAUCCAUGCAAAUAGCGCGAUGUGAUUACGAUCGUAAAUCAACUAGGGAGAGAGAGAGAGAGAGAGAGUUGACAUAUUGAAUGUUGUAUUAUAUUUCUUUUUCCAUUACAUCUGUAGUUUUUGUCUUUUGAUGUUGGAAAAGUACUAGUGUAGUAAACACUUGUACUGGCCACAAAUAUAAUAGUUAGCUACUU